CACGUGAUCUGUAGCUUUUCCUGUUUAGCGACGUGUAUACCGGAAGUUGAAGUAGUAGUAGACAGUAGACACGGUGGCGAUUGACAACACAUUUAUUUGGAUAAGAUAACAACUAAACAAACAUUGUAAUCAAAUUACAAUGCUGACGAAGUUUGAGACAAAGUCAGCCCGUGUUAAAGGUGAGUAAAUUAUAAUAACAUUGUACUUUAUAUGAAGCACAAGAUGAAUAUGACAAUAGAAAUAAAACUGGGUUGCCGGGCCGUGGGUAUGUAUUUUUAGGCCAAUCACAGGCAGGUUUCAACUUCUUCAGUCAUUCAGUCGGUUUUUUCAUAUGGUCUCAAUGUAGAAUUUAGUUAAUGGGCUACCAGUUAAUGCAUAGGGCCUAAUCGACAACUUUUAAAAAUGUAAGUCAUAAAAUUACCAAAUUAUUUAAUUAUUAAAUUGAUUUCAGAAGUCAAAAAGUGCCCUGUUGACUGUUGACAAUAAUGUCAAUGUUGUCUCAAAAUCAAAACUGAAAAUAUUAAGUUGUUCAUGAUAAAAAUAAUCACACAUUUGCUUGGUACUUUGGUAAAAAAUUUGGUAAUUUACCACUUGAGCGUCGGCCAAGAAAAAAUCCAGCUGUUUCGGUUUGAAGGGCUAUUUAAACAAUUAUUCUUAUCUUGUUUUUACGACGUUGUACAUAUUCAUUCCAGCACAUAGACAGUAGAACAAACAACACAAGACAAUUUAAAAAAAUAGAAAAUGUAAAACAAUUUAAUUAAAAAAAAAAAAUUAAAAUAGAAGAAAUCAAACAAUGUAAUGUGUAAAAAUAACAUUAUGCAUAGUUCUCCCCCAAGGCGAGAAUGAAGUUCUUGAAAAUAUCAUUUGGGGAAGAACUAUGCAUCUUGACCUACAUUCCAACCUAUUGUUUUUUCUUUUUUGGUCAACCUUAAUUUUGGAACUUCAUAGGUAUAAAUUAGGCAUCUUUCCCUAAAAAAAUUUUGAAGGAAUUAGAAUAACUUGUCUUUCGUAUUAGUUAUUGAAAUGCGUUACAUAUUGAUUUAUAAGUGAUAUAUUGAUCUAUGUGACUAUGUGUGUGCCAAUUCUAAUUGAAGCAGGUCGUGUCCGGCGUUCACUAUGCUCGUCCCAGUAAUCUGCACUAUCGUAAGGUUUCUCAGCCCAAUUUUUAAUGAUGGAAGAUGUUAUACUUACUAGCUAAUCAAUUAUUACCCCUGUUUACAUCAAAAUAUUUGAUAAAUUGUGUUUUAGAAUGAACUUAGAAGGUAUUUUAACAAGAAUGUUUUAAUUUCAGGUUUAUAAACCAGUAGCGUCCAUACAAUAAAUUAUCAUAAUUUGCAGUGUGCAAAACAUUGUCAUGGGCAACCAUUAAGUCAUUUUUGCAUAUGCUACUGUAGUAUUAUUCUCAUGGCUUCAUUCACAAGAGAUUGCUGUUGGCAAACACUAAUAAAUCAUUGGUCAGGAAAAGCUUUAAUUAAUAAGUCAUGUUCUAAAGUUGAAGUUCAAAAUAAAUAGUCCCAGACCAAUAUUAUUUUAAAGGGAACACCUUGCCUUACAUUGUCUAUUUAUCUGAUAUAAUGGACACUUUUGACUUAUUAUUUAUUAAAUUUAAUGAUGAUGCAUAUUACAUUGCUAGAUAAGUUACAAUGUAUUUAUAAUUGUUUGAUAGUGUUAACAUUAAUGUUAAAAGUAGAACUUUUAAUACCUAACUUAAAUCCUGAAAAUAAAAGUUGUAUAAAAUUAAAAUGUAAAGAAGAGUUAUACUAUAACAUAUAGCGAAUAACUCAAUCAGCGGAAUUGGGUCACAAAAUGUAGAGGUCCAGCCCAUGGUAAAAAAGUUGCACAUGGAGUCGCACGUUACCAUUUCAUAUCUCAAAAGGUAUUAAAGCUGGGAAGUUGAUUCUGGUUCCAUUUUAUUAUAUUUCUUUUGAAGUUUGCUCAAUACAAAUGUGAUAUUUUUAUAAGUUUUUGGAAUUUAAAAAAAAAAACGAAAUACCUACCUUACAGUCAAAGUUCAUUGUUUUUAUAGCCCGUUUUAGGUAAUAAAUACUCAGAUGUUGCUUGAUAGAGGUAGAAUUGUAUCCAAUGCACAGGAACAAGAAAAUGAUAACUGUUUAUGCCCUUUUAUUAAUAUAUCACUUUUUAAAAUAACAUAAUUUUUUUAAAUUUAGCCUAUUUUGCAUGUUAUUUUCUUUUGUGAAGCAAGUAAAAAGAGUGUAAAGUGUAUUAUUUAUUCUAUUUGCAGGGCUGUCAUUUCAUCCUAAAAGACCCUGGGUUUUGGCAUCUCUUCACAAUGGUGUUGUCCAGUUAUGGGACUACCGAAUGUGUACUCUUAUUGACAAAUUUGAUGAGCAUGAUGGUACGAUUAAUUCAAGUUAAAUUUUUGUAAUUUUAGCUAAUAUGUAGUAGAACUCCUUUAUAAAUAAUCAACAUACUUUUGCCUGAGUAAGAAAUCAAUCAAUCUAUCCUUUGCAUACUCAGGUCCAGUUCGUGGGAUUAACUUUCACCAACAGCAGCCUCUCUUUGUGUCUGGUGGUGAUGAUUACAAAAUAAAGGUAUUUUUUGCUUAACUUGGAAAUUCAAAGAAUAGAUAUUUUAGUAUCAAGUUUAAUUUUUUUUAAAUGAUAUUUAUGCAAUUUUUUUGGUAGCUUUUAACAAUUUUUUUUUGAAUGGUUCUGAUUUUAAUGAAACUCUGCAAGACACACUUGUGCUGCUAUUAAGAAUGAUACUAGAUAUUUUAAAUGAAAAUUUCUUUUGGUAAUAUUAUUUUAAUGUGUUUUUUGGUGGUAUAGGUCUGGAAUUACAAACAGAGAAGAUGUUUGUUUACACUUCUAGGUCACUUGGACUACAUUCGAACAACCUUCUUUCACCAUGUGAGUGUUGAUCAACUGAUUUAUGCACUUUCAAAAUUAAUUUAUAUAUUGUGCUCAUAAUUUGCAUUUCAGUUUUUGCUUAAUUAAUCUUCUUUUUCAUUAAUGGCAUAAAUAUGAAAUUACAUCAUACUUUUUUUUUUUUUCAACAGGAAUAUCCUUGGAUUUUAAGUUCCUCAGAUGAUCAGACUAUCAGGAUAUGGAAUUGGCAAUCACGUACAUGCAUCAGGUAGGCAAAUAUGUCUGUAAUCAAUUUCAGAGACUGUUUAAUCCUCUUUGUACUGUGUGAUGUGGUAAUUCAAAUCACCCUUAAUCUUUAUUUUUUAAAAAUUGUAUGGUUUUGUUUUUAUGUUAUCCUAUUUUUAAAAGUUCUUUGUUCAAUUUUUUUCAGUGUUCUGACUGGGCACAGCCAUUAUGUGAUGUGUGCACAAUUCCAUGCUUCAGAGGACAUGGUUGUUUCUGCUUCAUUGGAUCAAACAGUUAGAGUCUGGGAUAUUUCAGGUAUUUUAAAAAAAAUUUUGGGGAUUAGGCUAGUAUCUUAUUGUUUUUUACAAAAUAACUUAAUUUUUUUUUCUCUUCUUCAUUUCAUGGUGUUAACCAUUUAUAAUUCUUUUUUUCAGGUCUUAGGAAAAAAAAUGUUGCUCCUGGUCCAGGUGGCAUUGAGGACAGAUUACGAAAUCCUGGUCAGACAGAUCUUUUUGGAACUUCAGAUGCAAUAGUUAAGCAUGUUUUGGAAGGCCAUGACAGGGGUGUGAACUGGGCAGCUUUUCAUCCCACCCUGCCAUUGAUAGUCUCUGGUGCUGAUGACAGACAAAUUAAACUUUGGAGGAUGAAUGGUAGGCUGUUAGUAUGUGUAUUUCUUUGCAGAAAUACUGCUAUCAAUAUUUAGCCAAUCAAAGAUAGAAUAAUUUUUGUUUGUGAAAUUGAAUCUUUCAAAUUGUAUUCUAAUGCAGAGUCCAAGGCCUGGGAAGUGGACACCUGCAGGGGUCACUACAACAAUGUUUCCUGUUGUUUGUUCCAUCCCCGCCAGGAGUUGAUUCUCAGUAACUCUGAGGACAAAAGUAUUAGAGUGUGGGAUAUGAGUAAACGGUAAGCGUUACUGAUAUAUUUGCAUUUUCUUAUUUUUUCAUUAAAUGAAGUUUAGUAGUUCAGGCUAAAAUUUUGCCCCAAAUUAGAUUUGUGGCCUUCUGGUUACAUAUAAAUGACAAAAAUCUCAUCUGAAACUGAAUCAUAUUAAUCUAAGAGUAAGAGCAAGAUAAAUCAAGAUUGCCCUUAAUCUUGCGGUUUCAUCAUUCUCAGAACUGGAGUGCAGACCUUCAGACGUGAACAUGACAGAUUCUGGGUGAUGGCAGCACAUCCUUCGCUCAAUCUAUUUGCUGCAGGUAUGAAAAGGAUGGGGUUCAAUAGCCUUUGGCAAACAUUUUUUUUUUUAAAAAUAAUUUGAAAUCAGUUUUGUUUUAUUACUAAAAAAAAUCUAUCUUCCAAAUAAUGGAGUAAACAAACGAUUGUUUUACAGUAAAAUUAAGCUUGAUAUUUUUGAGAGAUUUAAGAAGAAAAAGUGAAAGUUAAUGGACUUAAAUAUUAUUUAGUGAGCAUCCAUCCCUGUGGCACUACAAGUAUGGCCUUGGCCUGCCUCAUACUUCCUUCAACUCAGACUUAACUGAUGCAUUCCUUUCCAUGCUUGGAUUCCCAGCUGCUGUUGAUCUUUUUCCACAUCAUCCAUCCAUCUAAGCAUAGGUCUUCUAAGCAUAGGGCUGCCUUUGAGCUGUUUUCCUCUGGGGUUUUGGUAGUGCACCCUCUUCACUCCUCUGUCAUUUGGCAUUCUUUCUAAGUGUCCAGCCCAGCUUAGCCUGCCCAUCUUUAUUUCUGCUAUUAGCCUGCGAUCCUGAAAUAGUCAAUACAAUUCCUGUUGGGUCAGAAUUCUGUGUCCAUAUUCAUCCUUUGUUGGUCCAUAUAUUUUCCUGAGAACUUUUCUCUCCCAUCUGUUUAAUAGGUUUACAUUUUAUGUUAAGAUCCAAGUUUCAUUUGCGUAUGGUCUGAUUUUAGUAAUUCAUUUCUUUCAUUAUUAAGGAUCCUAGUUAUUUGAAUUGAUUUACUUUUUAAAAAGUGUGUUUCUAGUUGUAUUGGUUUCAUCUGUCUAUUCUGUAACAUAGUCAUGUAUUUUGUUAACUGCCAGGCCUGCUUGUAUCGAUAAGUCUUCUAAUUCAAUAAAAGUUUUUGAUAUGUCUUUAUUAAUUUUCCCUAACAGUGCUAUGUCAUCAGCAUAUGCAAGAUAAUGAAGGGGUUGGUUGUAGAGAGUGCUUAUUGGUUGGGGGUCUUGGGGUUUCCCUCAGAAAGUAUCCUGUUAUUGUUACUUAGGUGUCAAUGUGUACGCUUCUUGUAACUGUCUCUAAUGUUUGGUUAAAAAGCAGUGUCCUUGUCUAACGCCUUGUCUAUUCUGAAAUUCUCUUAAAUAUUCUCCCUGAACCUUGAUUUUGCUUUUUGAGUUGUUUAAUUUUAUAUGUACCAUUCUUGUCAGUUUUUUGGGUAUGUCAAACUCCUGCACAGUCUCAUAUAGAUAUUUUCUUUUGAUGCAGUCAUAGGCCAUUUUAUAGUCCACAUAGAGUUGAUGUACUGGGAUGUCAGAAAUAGUAACAUUUCUGUAAUAGGCAUAUGGUGGAGGGAAUCUGAUAAGUCGUUGAUCUGUUUGGCUCUGAAUCCACAUUGGUAGUCAACUAGUAUUAGUUCAGUGUACAGUUGACUUAGUCAGUAAAUUAGUGAGCAUAAACACUGUAAAUUCUGCAUUUCUAUGGGCUCAAUUUUAGAAAAAGCAGUUAAGUUAAUAAAUAUUUUUAAGCUUAUUAUUUAUAAAUUAUAAAAUUUGUGAUCACAGAAAUUUAGCACAUUUACAGAUAUUUAAAGGUUUUGUUGUAAUUUAAUUCAUAUGCUCAUUAAGUUAAUCUGAGGACAUUCUUUUGGUCCAGAGCUAAUUUUUUGCAAAUCUCCCAAAAAUUCUAAGUGGUGAUGUUUUUUGAAAAUAAAAAUCAGGUCAUGAUGGUGGUAUGAUCAUUUUUAAGUUGGAGAGAGAACGGCCUCCAUUCUCUGUGCACAAUAACAUCUUGUACUAUGUCAAGGAGAAAUACCUGAGGAAGUUAGAUUUCACCAACUCUAAAGAUGUGGCUGUGAUGCAGCUGCGAGGGUAAGCAUGGAUGUGCUUGUCUAACUUUUUCCCACUAUUUUUCUCAGAAUAUGCACAGUAUUCCACAACAUAUGUUGUGUGUGAUUACUUUAUAGAGGUUAUUACAUUUAAUUAAUGAGUAAUGUAUUGCUGUACUAUUUUGUCUUAUAUUUAAAAAAAAAAUGAAAUAUUCUGUUUUAUAUUUUCCAUUUAUUCAUCAUCAGAGGAGCAAGGGCACCUAUCUAUUCAAUGUCUUACAACCCAGCAGAGAAUGCAAUUUUGUUGUGCACUGUAAGUUGUUCUUUUCUCAUUCCAUACUUAAAUAGUUUUAAAAACUCAUAUAUAAAAUUAAGUAUAACCAAAAUGACCAAUAGUGUUAAUUAUUUAGCAUUAUUUAUUUUUUUAUCUUAUAAAUGUUCUCAAUGUAAACUUGCUUCAGAAGUGUUCUUCCAAUGCUGAAAAUAGCACUUACGAUCUGUAUGUUGUACCCAAAGAGUCAGAUUCUCAAAAUCCAGAUGGUAAGAAAAAUUCCAUUUAUUUUUUAAUGUUAGAUGUGACAUUUAUUAUAUUGGUUAUCUAAUUGUUAUUGUAAAAUGUGAGUAAAAGCUUUGAGUUGAUGUCUUGCUCCAGCUUAGCUUUAGUAAUAAUUUCUGAAUAAAAUAGCAGAUGUAUUUGUUAUGCAUUAGAUUUAAAAUUGAAAACCAUUCAUAUUUUGUUUUGAUUCAGCAUUUAAAUAUAAAAUUAUGAAGCCUUUGUUUUUUCAAAAAGUUAAAUAAUUAACAUUUUAUUUAUCUCGAAUUUGGAACCAAUCACAAAAUUAGUUUAAUCUUUUCCCUCAGCACCUGAAGGCAAACGAUCAUCUGGGCUGACUGCUGUCUGGGUGGCCAGAAACAGGUUUGCUGUGUUGGACAGAACACAUUCUGUGAGUCAUCUUCUAUAUUUAUCAAUGCAGGGGUGGACAAAUGAUGCUUGUGUCAAAUAAUAGAACAAGAACCAGGGGCUGCACUUGCAGACCUGUUUACUCUUACGACUUUGGCGUACAAUGUAUGAUUUUUAGAAGUCUUUUACGAUUGUACGCCGAGACCCGCCAAAACUACGAUUUUCAGAGACCCACCCGGUGAACAAAUAUUUGUGUCAUUUUGUCCAAUUUAAACAAAAAUUAAAAAUUUUCGGUUGUGGAAGCUUUAGCCCUUAUGGCCCCGCAUUGAAUGGACCCAGAAAACAACGAUGGGAUUUUGUAUAUUUUUUUAUAGUUGGACCAUCCUUCAUUAUAUUUAUGUACGCACUGAAAGGGGAGGUGGUGGUUGUUGAUUAAAGAGAUUGGUGGCAUACCAGAAAUACAGGUUGGGGGGGGGGGGAAAGGUGGGAGUUUCAAAAGAUAUAAAAAUAUCACAGAAACGCAUCCUAUUGAUGGUGGUGAUUGUAUUAGUGUUGCUUUUGGACCAUCCUUCAUUAUAUUUAUGUACGCACUGAAAGGGGAGGUGGUGGUUGUUGAUUAAAGAGAUUGGUGGCAUACCAGAAAUACAGGUUGGGGGGGGGGGGAAAGGGGGGAGUUUCAAAAGAUAUAAAAAUAUCACAGCAACGCAUCCUAUUGAUGGUGGUGAUUGUCUUAGUGUUGCUUUGCGUGUCACAGUGAACCAGCUAGCUGUGUCAGCAGCAAUCUUUAGGCUUGUCGCCUGGCAACAACUUCACUCACCACCUCCUAGGACUGCUACUGCUAGCAUGCGUGUGUUCGUCUGAACCGCGGGGAUUGUGAAGAGAGAAAACUAGAGGUGUGAGAUAGAGGCCGACCGAAUUUCGGCUUCGGUUUCGGCACCGAAAGUGGCCAUUUUAUCACUUUCGGCCAAUUUUCGGUUUCGGUCGAAAGAGAAAAGUUAACUUUCGGUUUUUCUUCGGUUUCGGACGAAAUUUACUUAGACUUUCGGCCGUCCGUCCGGCCGAAAGUGACUCAGGUUUUCGGUCAUUUUAUACUAAGCAAAAGCAAUAUUUAACAACAAACUAAGCGACAUUUAAGAACAAACUAAACGAUCUUUAAAACAAACUAAGCAAUCUUUAAGAACAAUCUAAGUGAUCUUUAAUAACAAACUAAACGAUUUUUAAGAGCGAACUGAACGAUCUUUAAGAACAAAACAAAUGAUCUUUAAUGAUUUAUAAGAAUAAACUAAGCGAUCUUUAACAGAAGACUAAAUGUUCGUUAGGAACAAACUGAAAGAUCUUUAAGAACAAACUAAUUGAUCUUAAGGAACAAACUCAAUUAUCUUUAAGAACAAACUAAGCGAUCUUUAUGAAAAAACUAAGCGAAUUUACAAAAAACUAAGCGAUCUUUAUGAACAAACUAAACGAUCUUUAAGAACAAAUAAAGCUAUCAUUAACAAAAACUAGACGAUCUUUAACAACAAACUAAUGCGAUCUUUAAGAACAAAUAAAGCUAUCAUUAACAAAAACUAGACGAUCUUUAACAACAAACUAAUGCGAUCUUUAAUAACAAACUAAACGAUCUUUAACAACAAACCAGGCGAUCUUUAUGAACAAACUAACCGAUCUUUAAGAAAAAAAUAAAGAGAUCAUUAACAAAAACUGGACGAUCUUUAACAACAAACUAAGCGAUCUUUUACAACAAACUAAACGAUCUUUAACAACAAACUAAGCGAUCUUUAACAACAAACUAAGCGAUCUUUAACAACAAACUAAGCGAUCUUUAACAACAAACUAAGCGAUCUUUAAGAACAAACUAAACGGUCUUUAACAACAAACUAAACGAUCUUUAACAACAAACUAAGCGAUCUUUAAGAACAAACUAAACGGUCUUUAACAUCAAACUAAGCGAUCUUUAACAACAAACUAAGUGAUCUUUAAGAACAAAUUAAGCGAUCUUUAAGAUGAAACUAAGCGAUAUUUUUGAACAAUCUAAGCGAUCUUUAUGAACAAACUCACCGAUCUUUAAGAACAAACUAACCGAUCAAUAACAACCAACUAAACGAUCUUUAAAAACAAAUUAAGUGAUCUUUUAGAACCAUAUUUUUAGAGACCCGGUUUAAAAAAAUAAUAUUUUGCAUUAAUUUCCUCUCCUCCCCCCCCCCCAUCCCCAUCCCCAAUUUUUGCCAAAUUUUCUCCUACCAUACAAAUUUGAAAAAAUUGUAAAGCAAUUUAAAUUACUUUUAUAUUAAAAUGGUAAAAUCCAAAGUAUUCAUUAGAUCAAGGGUAUCAAACUCAAAUUAUGGGGGGGAGGGGGGCACAGGAGGUAGUGUCUGAAUAAUUACACUAAACUUUUCUGUCAUGUAGCGGGCCGCAAAAUAUCGUCUUGCGGGUCACAAAUGGCUCCCUGGCCGCGAGUUUGAGACCCCUAAAUUAGAUGUUUAUUUAUUAAUAUUUACGAUUAUCUCAUUUUUAUAAAAAGAAUGUAAAUAUUUAUACUUUCCCACAUCAUUUUCGAUGUAAGCAGAAUGUAUGCGGGAACGAAUUUCAAAAUAUCUUAAUAUUUCAUUUUCGGUUUCGGCCAAAAUUCAUUUUUAAACUUUCGUCCUUUUUUCGGCUUCGGCCGAAAUCAGAAAAUCACUUUCGGUCGGUCUCUAGUGUGAGAUUUAGUCAGUGGCAUUAAAAAAAAUAUUUUAGAUCUCGCAAAGCAGCUCUAUCCAGAGGCGUAGCGAGCGGGGCCAGGAGGGGACAGAUUCCCCGGGCGCCAGCUAGUUAGGGGGGCAUGUUUCUUUCAGAAAUUUUCCCCAGGGGGGAGCACUUCAGAUUUUCGGGGAAGGGUUACUUCAGAUUUUUCGGGGGUUGGGGGGGGGCAGUGCCAUCAGUUCCAGUUGAUUUAUUGUUGGACAUAUUUUUGCUCCUGGGGGCACUUGGCUUUCCCCGGGGGAGGGGCACUGCCCCCCCUCCCAGAGAUAUAGCUGAAAGAAACCCUGUUUAGGGGCGCCAAAAUGUGCUUUGAUAUUAUUUUAUUGAUGAAAAUAAUGGGCUUGAGAGUUGAAAAAAAGAAAAAGGGGCACUUUAAAAUGGAUCUUGUCCCCGGGCGCCAAACACCCUCGCUACGCCUCUGACUCUAUCCCCCUCAACGAUUUUAAUACAAUUAAACAGUUUUGUAUCACUACUGCUACUACUGUGCCCCUCCCCCCCCCUCAUUUUUGUUUACAGCUUGUGGUAGUUACUAGUCUCUGAUACUAUAGCAGUGGUCGGCAAGCCGCGGCUCGUCCAGACUGCGGCUCGGCCAGUCAACUACAAAGCGGUUUUUACUCCGAAAAACAUGGUCCUUGACAGGUUCUUGAAAAUAAAUUUGGCUCGCAAAAUUUGUUUAAUGGUCCUGCUGCUGAUUUGGGCUCUUUUGACCAAUGAGUAUGCUGACCACUGCUCUUUAGUAUGUGAACGUAAAAACUCAGGGGCAUAUUGGAUAGGCGAGGGCACUAUGUUUUUCCUAUUAAUGAGGGUGGGGGAAGGUGGGUUCGUCACCAGCACGGAAAUACGUGUUAGUGGACUAGUGUGUUGUCACUAUGUCGUGUUAAAUAUGACUACUACAGCGACCUCUUUAUGAAAACACAAAGCAUUAGUAUACGGUAUACGAUAAAUGCGAAGCAUUGUGGUAUUUGUAUAGCCUUAAUAAUAAUAAUAAUAGACCUAAUUAGAAUUCGUGGAUUUCAGAUUUUCAUGUGACAGUUGGCUCUAUAAGAGACUGUCAGGAAUCAGGAUAAUUAUUGUAGAAUUUAUGCCUACAUGUAGGUGCAUUCUGGUGCCCCCCCCCCCCCCCUCCAACCCAAUCAAAACUCAUACGCAUCCUCAGCGAGUAAGUCAUAUUUGGAUGGCCCUUUAAGUUGGCAAGGCGUGCAGCUGGGGGCGAGCUAGGAAUCAUUGUUAACUUUUUCAUUUUUAUUUGAAAUGUUAUAUAUGGGCUGUCCAAACAGCUCUGGCGCUAGAAUUUGGCUGCAUUGACCUAUGUGCACAUUGCGUGAUUUUAAUGUUACCAUUAUCAUUAAUGGAAUCGGCAAUCAUUCUUGUUUUCGGUUCCGUAGUUGACCUCACUUAGUAUUUUACGAUAUGACCUCGACAAAAAGAAAGGCUCGCGGAAUGGGCGAUGAAGAAGAAACUUCUCUUUCUACCGAUAAACAUCCGAUUCAACAACAGAAAAAGAAAGUUUAUCAGCAGAUAGUCUUGCUUGAAUAUCAGACUAAAUUGACUGGGUUGCGUUCUUCGUCGAAUGGUCCAUCAUGCGCGCACUGCACAAUUACACAAUCUGCAAGUCGGACUUUUCAUGAACAAUCUAUCAGGGACAAAAGGAGUGGUGUUGAUUUAGGAAAUUUUGGGUUUGGCGUGGGUCUAAAUACUUAAAUCUAUACAAUCAACACCGCGACAUUUCCGUAAUGACAGGUUGGGGGGGGGGGCCUGCUCCUCGGCAGAAAGAACGUACGUUAUUUAAAAAGUCUACAAUAUUCAUCUCCUAACUCUGAAAGUCCAAAAAUAGCAUUCUAUUUAUAUCUCGAAUGCUGUAAAAUACCACCCGAUGUUUUGUAGGAAUUAUUGCGGUGAUGUUGUCAAGAUGUAUUUUCACCAAUAAACUCGUUAGCAGUAGUAGAGAAGUUACAGUUGUGUUUAGUCAUGAGUGUUCAGCGCGCGUGUGACGCAUAUUUCGUUGGGCUACGCCAGUGGUUCUUAUAAUUUUGUUUCCCGGCGCAUAUGUCAUAUUAGGUUUUCGCCAGGGUUUCCUGGAUGAAAUUCUUACAAGUACACUUCGAAAUAGGGAAUACACAAAUAAAAUAAAGGGUGGGAUAAAAAUAAAUAUAUCGUUUAUGGAGGUAACAAACAUGGAGGUAUCUAUAGCAGAUGCAGGUCUUCAAAAUGAAGUGACCGCAGUUUGCAGUUAACGUCAGUCGAAUACUGAUUACCUUACAGUUCCAUUUUUUAACAAACCGCUGAACUGGAUGCCACUGAACACGCUAUACCAGUAGAUGCUGUAUACAUUAUAUAUUAUAUAUACUGUAUAUUUAUGUAUUUACUAUUAAGAUACUGUAUUGUACGAUUUUGAGACGAUAUUGUACGAUUUUAGGAGUUUGAGGGUAAACAGGUCUGCACUUGAUUUAUUUAAUUUUCUUUUCGAUCCCACCUUGUCAAAGAAUUGUCUGCCUUGAACUGGAACAAGUUUGGUCAAUCUAAAUCUCUAAGUUUAGCUCCCUGGUCUUUUCUUUAAUGUUUUUAACAUUGCUACUAUUUUAUUGAAAUAUCAGAAAGUUUCCUGCAGCUAAGAUACUGUUGCAUUUUUGUGUGAUUAGCUCAUUAGUUUUAACAAAUAUUUUCUUGGGUCUCCACAGAUCAUAAUAAAAAAUCUGAAAAAUGAAAUAACCAAGAAGGUUCAAGCUCCCAACUGUGAAGACAUCUUCUACGCUGGAACUGGCUGCCUCUUGCUGAAAGAGGCUGAUGCUGUCACACUCUUUGAUGUCCAACAGAAAAGGUAAGCUAACCAACCUCUAACACAGCUAGUUUGUUUUUUUAUGAACAGCUGACAAGUUUUUAAAUAUUUGUAUUUUUGAACUUGGCUUUUUAAAAAGUACUUCACUAUUUAACUAAACUAAUUCAACUGUUUAAUUCAACUAAACUUAUCUCCCUAAAAACGAGUGUCAGUUAAUGUAUUAUUAUUUUUUUGUACUUACAUAAAAUUUUUAUGAAUAUAUUUUUUGAUUUGGCAGAUAAUGACAAGCUAUUGUAACUUUUAUUUUUUUGGUAUUAUUUGAACCUUAGCUUACUUAUUUUCUUUGGACUUACAAAAGGUGCUUGUAUGGAUCUUAUCAAUUGUUAAAUUUCAGAACCCUUGCUACUGUCAAGAUUUCAAAGGUGAAGUUUGUCAUUUGGUCUAAUGACAUGUCAACUGUAGCUCUGAUCAGCAAACAUAGUAAGUUUCCAGCUUCGAAUUUAUUUUCAUUACUAUCCAGAACUUUUUGUAGGCUUGAUUUUUUCACUGUACAAAUGAUACUUGAAUUGGAUUUUAUAUUCUGAGGGAAAGCAAAUAAAGUUUCUGUAUUUAGUUUAUCCAUGUUUCUAGUCUGAUUGAACUGAGCUGCAAGUUAAAUAUUUUAUAGAGUUAAUUGGCUUUUUUUUGGUCUUGUUUUCUUCAGUUAUCUCAAUUUGCAAUCGUAAACUGGAAAACCUGUGCACCAUCCAUGAGAACAUUCGCAUUAAGUCUGGCUCCUGGGAUGAGAGUGGAGUGUUUGUCUACACCACAUCUAAUCACAUUAAAUAUGCACUCACCAAUGGGUAGGUUUGAGAUUAUUGUGAAUAAUGAAAAGAAUAUACCAGCAUUUUUAAAGUUUAACAGGUGAAUCAAAUUUUAUAAUAACUUACUUACUUAUGCCUUUACCCCGACUGGGGCAUGGGCCAUCUACAAUAUUUUCCAUUCAUCUCGGUCCAGUGAUUUCCUUCCCAGUUGCUUCCAGGUGUAUCCCAUACUUUGUGUGUCUACCUCUAGUUCAUGUCUCCAUGUGUUCUUAGGCCUUCUUCUCUUAUCCCUGUGGAUUUCAUGUUAGGGAUUGUCUCAUGAUGUUACCUGGGUUUUUUUAGAGAGUGUACCCUAUCAACCUCCAUCUUUUGCUUUUGUCUUCAUCAAUAGGCUCCUGGUAUGUCCUUUUGAGUAAGUCUUUGUUGGUAAUGGUGUUUGGCCAUUUGAUCCUCAGGAUCUUUCUAAGACAAGUGUAUAUCAAGGUCUGUACUUUAUGUGUAGCAUAAUACUGGCUGUUUUGACAUUUAUGUUGAAGAUUCUGACUUUCUUUUUUUUUUUUUUCAGAGUCAACAUUUUUAACUCCCAUAUUUUCUUUCAUAGCAUAAAUGCUGACCUAUUCUUUCCAAUACUAGCCCUGAUAUUGGCUUAAGAUCCACUAUUUAUGUCAAUGGUGCUGCCUAAGUAUGUGAAUACCUCCACUUCAUCCAGUGCAUUUCCUGCCAUAGAGAUAUGCACUCAGUUGGCCGAGUUUACAGUCUUGCUUUAUUUAUAUUGAGCCCGCACUGUGCUAAAAUGGUGGCUAUGUAUUUAACCUUUUUCUGCAUUUGUUGCUUGUUGUGGGACAGAAGGGCAAUGCCAUCUGCAAAGUCUAGGUCUAUCAGUUGUUCCCAGAGUGUCUACUCUAUCCUAUUCCUCUUUUUGUCACUUGAUUUUUUCAUUAUCCAGUCAAUGGAGAGGAUGAAUAGGAAGGGGGACAAGAGACAUCCUUUCCAGACUCCUGUUUCUAUUUUAAAGGCAUCUGUGAGUCUACCCUUGUGUACCACCCUGCAAGUCAUUUCUUCAUAAGAACUCUGAAUGAUCCUGACUAGUUUUCAUAGUACCCCAUAGUGCCAAAGAAGUUUCCACAGGGUUCUUUGGUACAGGCUAUAAUUUUAUAAUAAAGUAAUAUAAAAAGAAGGAAAAAAAGAACAGGGUGCAUUUUAUUUUCAAAGUAACACAGGACUGCUGUCUAAUUCAAUAUUUUACACUAAUAAUUUCUUUUUUUUUCAAAAUAUGUAUUUAAAGAAAUAUCAUUCUGUAUUACACAAUUGUAAUAAUCAGUUUCAGUGUGUUGUUAGAAGCUGCUAGAAAAAAUUAGAAACAGCUGCAUGGAAGAUUUGUUUUCUUGGCCACAUUCACUAUAAAAUAAUAGUGUAAACAUUAGUUAUUUCCAAUAACUUUUAAAACUCAUUUUAAGGUAACAAAAAAGUUGAUUAAUCUGGACCUGACAACUUUAUAUACUUCUAAAGAACUGAUCCUGAUUGGUUAAUGUAGAUUCUAAGGUUUAACUAGCCAUUAUUUUUUCAGCGAUCAUGGAAUCAUUAGAACACUGGACCUGCCAAUCUACAUUACUCGUAUCAAAGGCAACUCAGUCUACUGCUUAGACAGGGAGUGUCGCCCCAGAGUUCUCAGCGUUGACCCCACAGAGUUCAAAUUCAAGCUGGCCCUUGUGAACAGAAAAUAUGAAGAGGUAAGGCACUUCUCUCUGUCAGGUAUCAGUGUUAUUAAACACUAUAUUCCUCAUCAUUAAACUUACAGCAUAAAUGCCCUACAAAGUGCAUACUACUUCAACCUGUUUUCUAGCACAUAUGUGGAACAGCAGUAAAAAAAAGUUUGUCAUACAAAUUUAUAGCAUUUCUGUGAAAUUAGCUUUAAAAACAAGCAUGUUCAUUUGACCCGGAAGUAAUGAAAAGAUAUGUAACAUUUGUGCUAGGUAUUGCUCUACAUUUUUUGUAUAUUUUCCUUUUACAAAAAGAUAAAGUCUCCAUCUGUUUUUAUCCAGGUUCUCCACAUGGUUAGACAUGCCAAACUUGUAGGCCAGUCCAUCAUAUCUUAUCUCCAAAAGAAGGGAUACCCAGAAGUGGCUCUGCAUUUUGUCAAGGAUGAGAAAACAAGAUUUGGCCUGGCACUCGAGUGUGGAAACAUCGAGGUCCGUUUUCAUUUCUGCUGCUCACCUAUUUAACAUGCCAUAUUUUCUUUGCUUUUCUCCAGUGAUCAGUUUAAAUUUAUAGAGACUUAAUUUUUGUUAAAGUUUUGUAAGUGUUGAUGAUAGCUGAUGAGAUGAUGAUUACAAAAAAAUUAAUCUGUAAUUUUAAUUGUAUGUUCUUGUGUUGUCACUGGAAAAUAUAAUUUCUUUAUUUUUCAGAUUGCCUUAGAGGCUGCCAAAGCUCUUGAUGAUGCUGCUUGUUGGGAGAAGUUGGGUGAGGCAGCAUUAUUGCAGGGCAACCAUCAGAUUGUUGAGAUGGCGUACCAGAAGACCAAAAACUUUGACAAGCUUUCCUUCCUGUACUUGAUUACUGGCAACUUGGAGAAGCUUAGAAAGAUGAUGAAAAUAGGUUUGAGUUUACAUUAUUGUUUCUAUAUGUAAAUUUGAUACAUUGGUUAGUUAUCACAGAGACAAAUGGUUUUAAAUUCUAUAUGAUUAAGUGCUUGUACAGUUUACACACAGGUGCCACAAAGAUACAAUCCUAAUUACACUUUCAGAUUUAAUUUUCAUUGAUAGAAUAAAGCUUACACCUUUAAAUCGUACAUUGUUGCCAAGAAGGACAUGAUUACCAAUGUUUAAUAUUCUCAAAAGAACAAAAAACUCUUGAAAAGAUUAUAUGUCUUUGUUCAUACUAACUAAACUUAUUAGUGAUUGACAGCUCUAUUUAUAACCAUCGAUUGAAUGAGUAGAAAGUACAGCAUUUCAAAGAUAAAAUUAAUUUUUAUUUAAUGUUUUGCAGCUGAGAUCCGCAAGGACACAAGUGGACAUUACCAGAAUGCUCUCUUGCUGGGAGAUGUUACUGAGAGAGUCAAGAUUCUUAAAGGUUGUGGACAAAGUAAGUUUUUUGCAGCAUUUCGGCCAUGUGUUCUCUAAGGAUCUUUGAAUUUUAACAUUUUUAUUUGCUAAUUAAACCCAUGGAAAGCUUCCAUUUCUCCACAAAUCUAAAAAAGAAGUUCUAUUGAGGCAUUAAAAAAUUUCUAAAUAUCUGUGAUGUGUUAAUUUUCUAUGAAAUGUCGAAUAUUUGGAUUUUUUGGGUAUUUUGAACAAUCUUUGUUUUACAAGGUUAAGUCAUAAAUUGAAUAAACAGUCGUUAAGCUAUCUGACAAAUGGAGCCAAUGAUUUUAAAAAAUGUAUUCAAGCUUUUUGUAUUACAUUAUCUUUGUCUAUUUCUGUAGAGUCCUUGGCAUAUCUGACUGCUGCAACACAUGGACUGGAAGAAGAAGCUGAGGAGUUGAAAUCCGGAUUUGGUGAAGGGGAAAGAGUACCUGAUCUGUACCCUAGCGCAUCACUGCUCCAGCCCCCAGUCCCCAUUACUCAACAAGAAUCCAACUGGCCUCUACUCACUGUGUCUAAAGGAUUCUUUGAAGGAGCAAUGGCAGCGAAAGGAGGUAGUCAUCCUCAUCUUUAGUAAUGUCUGUCCUCUUUAUUUGUCUUCCCCUAUUUUGUUGUGACUAUUGUAGUCCUUCAGUUUCUUUCAACGGUAUGAACUGCUUCUUUGUCAUUUAACUUUGUUUCAAUCUUGACUUGCUUGUUAGCUUUAACAUAAUUUUGUCAGACCAUUUGAAACCCUUGGAUCCUGUAAAAGAAAAAAGAAAAGCUCAAAAUGUGAUCUUUUUCUAUUUCCAGUGCUAGCAGUGCCUCUCUUUGAAUCCAUGAUGAUAUUCCAUAUAUAUUUGUGAAUAAUGUAGUACAUGUUGAAGUCUGUUUUCGCUUAAACUUAUUGCAACCAUCAUCUGGUUAUACUGCAUUUAGCUUUUGAUUAUGAUUAGAUCUAUGAGCUACUGCACGUGUCUGACAAAAUAUAUUUCAGCAAGUUCACACAUCUUGGUUAUGUCCAUCUAACCCCAAAAUAUUGUCCCUCUCAAACAGAAAUGCAUCUAGGGAUUUUAAAUGGUUAAUAUUUCUACCAGUUGAUCAUCUUUUAAGCCUUUCAGUUGCCUCCGUAUUUUUAAGUUACAAAGAGCCUAUUUAUAAACAGGAAGGCUCAAGCUCUUGUUUUGUUGGGGUUUGGUGGCUGUGCACUUUAUUUCUUUGCUACUUUCUAUUUUUUUUAAAAAUAGUGCUUUGUUGACUGUAGAUUAUGUCGUUUGCCCUUCUAGAUCACUUAUUUGAAUUAAAAUGUAAUGUCAUCUCUAAAAUUAUCAGUAAUAUUAUUUAUUAUCUGAAUGAAAGAUUGUUUUUUAAUUAAACAUUUUUAUAAUCAACAACUUUUGUUCUAAAUUGAGCCAUUUCCGAUUGCUUGGUAUUGAAGGUAAUUUCGUAAUGGUUGCAACGAUACGGAAAGGAUUAAACAUAACAUAACCUUCAUAACAUAACCUUUAGUUUCUUUUAUAACCCCAGAUAUUGGACAGGUUCAUCUGAAAAUAUUGUAGUGAUUGUAGCAACAAUAUCCCCUGUGUUAAUAGUGUUCUUUUUUUUUUUUUUUAUGAAAGGCAAACCAUCUGCAUUGGCGGCAGCUGCCCUACAUGAUGAUGAUGUUGGUGCUGGUGGCGGAUGGGGUGAUGACGUUGAGGCUCUGGUCCUAGAUGAAGGUCAGUUCAUUGUUAAUUUUUUAAAAUUUUAAGUUUUUAAACUGUUGAGUUGUUCAGUACCAUGCGAUCUCAAAGUAUGCAAUCUUGAAGGAAUAAACACAGUGGGGGAAAAUCCUUACAAUUUAUAUACAUAUAAGCUUUUAACACUAUUUAAUCUAAAGAUAUUUUUUCCCUGGCUGUUAAAAACUUAAUUAUUUUUUUUGGUCCUUGAGUGCAAAAUUCACAUUGUUGAAAGUUUAAAAUUAUAUUUUAACCUUUUUUUUUUUUUUGUGUGCAUUUUUAUGUGUAUAGAGGGAGGAUUUGGAGAGGGUCUGGAUGAAGAAGGUGUGGCUACAGAAGGGGGAGGUUGGGAUGUUGAAGAUUUGGAACUUCCUGUGGACUUGGUAUAAAUUCACAUUGUUGAAAGUUUAAAAUUAUAUUUUAACCUUUUUUUUUUUUUGUGUGCAUUUUUAUGUGUAUAGAGGGAGGAUUUGGAGAGGGUCUGGAUGAAGAAGGUGUGGCUACAGAAGAGGGAGGUUGGGAUGUUGAAGAUUUGGAACUUCCUGUGGACUUGGUAAGUGUGGGUUACCGGUGGCUACCACUUUCUCAUUGCCAUAUAAAAUAUUAUGUAAUAUUGUUUUGUUAUCUGGGAGCCUUUGUUGUUUUUAAAAAAAACAAAAAUAGUUUAAUAUUUUUAUUACUCUCCUCAUUUAAAUUAUUUUUUACUAUUAGGAUGUAGGGGCGGCAGCUACAGGUGCUGGUGAAGAAGGUUACUUUGUGCCACCCAGUAAAGGAACCAGCCAAGCACAGGUAGGUUGCUUGAUAGGCAAGUGCUCAAAGAACUUGAAUUAUUUUUCUAAAAGAUGUAAUGCAACUUUCAUAAAAUUCAAAUAAAUGAAGGCAAGGCUUUCUAAAAUUUAAGUAUUAAAUUUAAUUAUUAUAAGAUUUUCUGAAAAAAUAAUGUUAACUAUUAAUCUUUAAAAGCUCAACGCUAUUAAAAUAACAUUGUCAACAGGUGUGGUGCAAUAACUCACAGUUGCCUGUGGAUCACAUUCUAGCUGGAUCAUUUGAAACAGCCUUUCGGGUUAGUAUUCAGUUUGCACCUUCUGAUUUUAAAUACAUUGUAAGAGGGUAAUGAUAUGAUUUAUAGAAUGCAUCAAUGAAUUCUAACAGUAAUAUUGAAGUCUUGAAAUUGUCUAUCUACUUAUGUUCAGCUGCUCCAUGACCAAAUUGGAGUUGUCAAGUUUGAUGAAUACAAGCAAAUUUUCCUACAAUCAUACAGCAGAUCAAGGACAUCUUUUGUGGGCCUGCCAUCAAUUCCGCCUUUGUUUUGCUACCCACACAGGAAUUGGUCAGUUCUUAUAAUAUUUGCGCUAUUCUAUUCAUUAAUUCGUUUUCAGAAAUAUAAUGGAUAGCUAGAAACUUAUAGUAGACAAAUAGAUCAAUCUCAUUACUGGCAAGAAUUGACUAAUCAAACAGAAAUUAUUAUCCAUUUAAUACUAUUACACAUUUGUGGAUUAAAUAAUUAAAGAAUUAUUUGCUUUAAUUUUGUUUAAAACUACUUUGACCCGGUAUCUAGACCUUUCAUCAAAACCUGUUCAUGAUUAUCAAACUAUUUUCCCCCCCAAAAAAUGAUUUCUCAUAGUUUUUCCACACCUCUAUAAUGAUGUUAUUUUAUGUUCAAAGGAAAGAUGCUGGGGCACGUAAUGGUGUGCCAGCUGUGGGCCUGAAGCUAACAGCAUUGGUCCAACAGUUGCAGGUAGCAUAUCAAUUCACAACUGCUGGCAAGUUUGGGGAUGCCAUUGACAAGUUCAGAUCAAUCCUUCUUAGUGUACCUUUACUGGUAGUGGAUUCCAAACAAGAGAUAGCCGAGGUAUGUACAAAAAUUAUUAAAUAAUUCUUACAUGCUAUAAAGAAAUUUCAUUUUUUUUGGGGUGCUUUUUGUGCUCCAAGUAUUUUAGCUUUUUAAUACCGGUAAGUAAUUAUUUCAUUGAUCUUAAACUCCAUGCAUUAUUUUGAAUUUUGCAUUUUAUUUAUUGCUAUCAUAAUCACAAUAUGAUAUGUAUGACUUAAUCUGCAGGCCCAACAACUUGUUGAAAUUUGUAAAGAAUAUAUUGUGGGCUUAAGCAUGGAGAAUGCUAGAAAAGAAAUGCCCAAGUCCACACUAGAGGAGCAGAAGAGGCUUUGUGAGGUAUGGGGAUUUGUUUCAAUAUAUUUAUCAGCUAAAUUUAACAAGAGAAACCACCUUGAAACUGAAUGUAGGAAGGCAUGUUUCAAAUAGUCUACAAUCUGUUUUCAUUUAUUAUUGAAGAAAUCAAUACAUCAUUUUAACCCAUUCCUGAAACCUUCACAAGGUCAGAUCAGGGAAAUCAUGUUUUAAAAAUGGACAUAAAUUACAAUAAUCUAUAACUUCUAUGUUGGAUAGUUAUCACAGCUCCAAUUAUUAUUAUUUUUAUAGAUGGCUGCAUAUUUUACACAUUGCAACCUGCAACCUGUCCACCUCAUCCUGACUCUGAGGACAGCGUUGAAUUUGUUUUUUAAAUUAAAGAACUACAAAACAGCAGCCUCUUUUGCUCGCCGCUUAUUAGAACUUGGACCAAAGCCUGAUAUUGCCCAGCAGGUAAAGACUUAAAAAUAUUACACUAAAACUAAAACCAAUAGCAAAACUUUUACAUUUGUAUUAUUAUGUGAGAUAUUUUAAUGGUGUUUCAGGUAACCCAGUUUUUGUAUACUUUUCAUAAGAUUACUGUGAUUUUAUGUCAAAAUUUAUUUUCCUUUAAUAACAUUUUUCUGAAAGCCUUGGCUGUUUUGUAAAAGUGCUUUCCAUUCUUCUUUACUUUGUUUCUGUCUGGUAUUUGCAACCACUCCAAUUUUUUUCUCCUUUUUUGGUGGUAUACAUAUAUUAUGUAAAAUUAAUUUAUACUUAUUUAAUUGUUUUGUUGUUAUGCUGAUGAAGGUUUAAAUGAUUUGUUGUUAUACUGAUGAAGGCAUGUGCCGAAACGUCUAUCUGUGUAUAAUGUUAAAUUAUUAUCAAAGCUUAACCCUUUACAGUCUGAUGCGCCCGAAAUGCGCAAAUUUUUUCCUUAAGCCUAGUCUGUAGCCUACAGACUGAGCCUAGUCUGUAGCCUACAGACUGUUGCGGCCAAACCCGCCCGUUUUGGGGUUGUUUACGUUCGUUCUUAAUACAGCGGAAAUCCAUUGCGCAUUACUAUUUAUAGUUUUACAGGUAGAAAGCCUCGUUGUCGGCAUUUAUUUUGAUACUAGUUUCAAUGUGGUGCGUUUAGGGGCUCAUUUUCUACCAUUUUUUUAAAAGGUUGUGAUUUUCUGCACUGUAAAAAUGGCUUUCCAAACCUUGGAUAAAAUUUUGAAAGAACUUAUUCCUAUAGAAGCUUCACUAUUUCAUGAGUCUAGCAGCUAUAUUGAAGAAUCUGAUCUAGAAAUUAAUUUAAAUGAUGCUACAAGUGAUUGUGAUUCAAGUGAAGAAGAUAAUAGUAAUAGUAGAGACAUCGAUGACAACGGACCUAUCAAUUCCACUCCAACUGAUGAGCAAGAUCAUGAGUGGUCUGGGAAUUUUAAACAAAUCAAAGUGGGAGGGUUUUUAGGAGCAACUUUUACUUAAAUCAAAUUUUUGUAUUUAAGUAUUUUAAAUUUUAUUUUCUCGCUUCUAGUUUAUUUUCUGUAAAUUAAUUAGAUAAGGAACCUUCAUUUAAAAUGGAGUUUUGUUCCCUACUUGAUCGUUGGGAGUAGAAAAAGCUGAAUAGGCUUGGACUGUAAAGGGUUAACAUAUAUUGUUAGAUUUAUAUUGACACAAAUUGUUCGUAUCUAAUUAAUUUGUUUUGUAAAGAUUUCCAAAUAAUAAAAACCUUUUGACAGUGUAACAAACCUUUUGACAGUGUAACAUCCCUUUUUUUUCUCUUAGACCCGUAAAAUUUUGUCUGCUUGUGAAAAGACCCCCACAGAUGAGCAUGAACUGAAGUAUGACCAGCAUAAUCCAUUUGAUAUCUGCGCAGCUUCUUACGUUCCCAUCUAUAGGUUUGUUGUACUUAUUUGUUGUUCACAAGCUGCUUUUACUUAAAAGUAGAAUCAAUCCAUAGAUUAUCUGUUGUUAACUUUGACUACAGAAUUCAACAGUGUGCAUUAAACAGAUGUAAGCUUAAUUUUUGUAUAUUCUUGAUUUAAAAUCUUAAUUUUACAAGUAGAGAAAGACUUGUGCCUUUUAUGUAAUGUUUAUUUUUUCUUUAGGGGUAAACCAGUUGUCAAGUGUCCAUUGAGUGGGGCUUGUUACUUGCCAGAGUUUAAAGGUCAGGUGUGCAGAGUAUCAAAGGUAAGUUCCCCUAUUUAUCUGUAAGCUCAUUGGUGCUCCUAGAUUGACUUACUAACUUCAUUAAUAAAAAAUAAAUCUUCUUUGAGCUAACUUUUUAAGGUUUAAUAUAAAAGAAAUGAAUGUGUAAAUUAUUGCUUUAGUCUGAACCAAUUGUUUGAAGUCAUAAAAAUUAAUGGAAACUUUUUUUGAUCAAGUCCUAGAUUACUUUACAUUUUUAUAAUCCUCAAAUACCGUUUUUGUAUUAAUAUAGUAUAAUAAGAUACCAACUCUAACCAACUAACCUUAAUUCACCAUUCCACAUUCUUUUUAUACCCCAUAUCACAUGAUCAUUCACUUCAGUUCUCCAACCAAUAUUCACACAUUUAUGCUUAAACAUUCAUGAAAACAAUUCAAGAGGGUCCACUUAUACAAUAUGACAACAACACAGGACAAUCAGGUCCCAAAGUUCAAUCAAUACACACAUAAUCAUCAGUGAUAUAUAAUUGAGUCCAAUUUUAACUAGCUGAAAUGAAUCAGAAUGUAAGCUAAUAUACAUGUUUCACUUUACAGGUGACAGAAAUAGGCAAAGAUUGUAUUGGACUCCGCAUUAGUCCCAUCCAGUUCCGUUAGAUAUUUAAACCAUUGCGAAAAUGAAUGUUUUUAAUGAAAGAAAUGUAAAAUGUAGACUUUGUUAAAACAGUCUAAAUUAAGUUUACACCUUUCUCAAUUUAAAUCUUUAAUGAAUGUCCAUGUCACGAGAUGUUUGUAACAGUUUACAUCAUAUAGGAUGAGACAAAUACUAUUGUGAUAAUUUAAAAAUGUUAUUAAUAUUAGUAAUUUAACCUAUUUUAAAAAAAGGAAAAGUUCAUCAAGUUACAGGGAUUGAUUUUUGGUAAUAUUUUAUGUUUCAAAUGGAGGGAUCUGCAGUCAAUUUAUUUCUUAAUAAUUUAUUUAAAAAAAUAAAGUUUAAAUUUUCUUUAGCAUGAUGAAAGGAGUUUCUUGAUCAUUAAACAUAUUUUUUUAUAGUUUAAAUACCUAAAAAAAUUAAUUACAUUGAUUAUUGUACUGGCAAUUGUAUAUUGUAUGAUUUGACUAUAUUUAUCUUUGUUACAUAACAUAAAACAUAGCCUGGUUUUGGGACCACCGGUUAUUGGUGGUCAUCAAGGAUGUCAUUUGAAUGUCUAUUUAAUUGUUACUGUUAUGUUAAUAAGGCUUGUAACAUGUAAGAAAAGAACACAUUGACUUUAUUUGCAUAGGUAAACAAUAUGUGCUUGUUCGCUGGGAUUUUUUUUUCUUCUUCAUUUUAUUGUUUAGAAAUAUUGUGUAUGUAUUUUUUACAAUUAAAUGUUUAAACAUAAAGCUACAAAUUACAAUAAACAUGAACAUUGAAAGUUUAGAUUUGAAGGAAAAAGAACAUAAUUUGAUCGAAAUCCUUUAGGAAAUAUGUAAGAAAAAUUGACAAAUAGAUUUGUAAGAAACUACCAUGUUUUGUAAUAAAUGUCAUGAUUCAUUAGUUGUUGCUAGGAAUAAUUAUUUUCAGUGUCUUUGCUAGCCUAUGAUAUUGAUAAAGAAUAAAACAACAGAACCUUGAAACCAUUGGUUUAUA